AUGGCCAGCCCAUCGUUCGCACAAUCAUCUCAUCUAAAGGUUCAUAUCCGCACUCACACUGGCGAAAGGCCAUACCAGUGUAAAGUAUGUGACAAGUCAUCUAACCUAAAGAUUCAUAUCCGCACUCACACCGGCGAAAAGCCAUACCAGUGCAAAGUCUGUGACAAAGCGUUCAACCAAUCAGGCAAUCUGGCACUUCAUUCGAAAAUUCACAAUAAGGACCUACAGCAUCAGUGUCCACAUUGUUCGUCAAAAUGUCAAUAA